UAAAUGAAGUGCUCGGAUGAGGUGCGUCUUCAACUUGGCCCCAAAUCGUGGAGUGGAAACCCUACUCGUCCCCUUCCGCAGCCGGUACUCAACCCCAACCCUAUCCUGUCCGCCGCCGUCGCCCGGCGCCUCCUCCCCCACCUAGAAACCCAGAGGCUCUAAUCCUAGUUCUUUCUGUGCAGUCGCCGCCCAAUUCCCCCACCCAAUUCCCACUCUCCGCUCGACAGAUCCAUACAUGAUGGGAGAGGCCAAGGAGAACGACGUUUAUGAGGAGGAGCUCCUGGACUACGAGGAGGACGACGACAAGACGGUCGAUGGCUCCGCUGCUAAGCCCACCGGAGAGGUCGCAAAGAAGGGCUACGUCGGGAUCCACAGUUCCGGUUUCAGAGACUUCCUGCUCAAGCCAGAGCUGCUCCGUGCUAUCCAGGAUUGUGGUUUUGAGCAUCCUUCCGAAGUGCAACACGAGUGUAUCCCUCAAGCCAUUCUUGGAAUGGAUGUCAUCUGUCAAGCUAAAUCUGGGAUGGGGAAAACUGCUGUUUUUGUCCUUUCAUCCCUCCAACAAAUUGACCCUGUUGCGGGUCAGGUAGCAGCACUUGUACUGUGCCACACAAGGGAACUGGCUUAUCAGAUAUGCCACGAAUUUGAGAGGUUCAGCAAAUAUCUUACUGAAGUUAAAGUUGCUGUCUUCUAUGGAGGUGUUCACAUCAGGAAGCAUAAAGAUUUGUUGAAGAAUGAAUGCCCUCAUAUUGUGGUUGGCACGCCUGGUAGGAUACUUGCUCUUGCCAGGGAUAAGGAUCUCUCCUUGAAGAAUGUGAGGCACUUCAUUCUUGAUGAAUGUGACAAAAUGCUGGAAUCACUUGACAUGCGGAGAGAUGUUCAGGAGAUCUUCAAAAUGACUCCUCAUGAUAAGCAAGUCAUGAUGUUUUCAGCAACGCUCAGCAAGGAGAUCCGUCCUGUAUGCAAGAAAUUUAUGCAAGAUCCGAUGGAAAUAUAUGUUGAUGAUGAGGCAAAGUUGACCCUCCAUGGUCUUGUACAGCACUAUAUAAAACUUAGCGAGGCAGAGAAGAACCGGAAACUGAAUGAUCUCUUGGACGCUCUUGAUUUCAACCAAGUUGUGAUAUUCGUGAAGAGUGUUAGCAGAGCUGCCGAACUGAAUAAGUUACUUUGUGAAUGCAACUUCCCAUCAAUCUGCAUUCAUUCUGGAAUGACUCAGGAAGAAAGGCUAACAAGAUAUAAGAACUUCAAGGAAGGCCACAAGAGAAUUCUUGUGGCUACAGAUUUAGUUGGCAGGGGCAUUGACAUUGAGCGUGUCAACAUUGUGAUAAACUAUGACAUGCCAGACUCAGCUGAUACUUAUUUGCACAGGGUUGGAAGGGCUGGACGUUUUGGCACGAAGGGACUUGCAAUUACCUUUGUUUCCUCUGCUUCGGAUUCUGAUGUUCUUAACCAGGUGCAAGAAAGGUUUGAGGUAGACAUAAAGGAACUGCCUGAGCAAAUUGACACCUCGACCUACAUGCCAUCAUAAAUGGGAAGGACAACUGAGAAGAGAGGAGGAUAGGGGAGUGAGCAGCCGUCUGGAGAUGGUUACCUUUGAACUAUCCGAUCUGGAGGAUUUGAUUUGCCUCCUUUGUGUACUUUAAAAAGGGCAGCCAGGAUGAUGAUCUGUAUUUUAAGACAAUGCUGUCUGUUUGGGUUUAGGAUUUUGCUUUGUCGAAAACUAGCACACUUAUUGUACUACUGAGCAGCAUAUUUGUUUUCAUCCCUGGGUUAAAUGAUGCGUCUAAACA